AAACAUUUUCAAGAAAAGACCAAUUCUAUAGCUAGAAAUAUUGCUUUUUUUUAUGCUAGCUCUAGUCUCCUUCUCUUAUACUGUGCAUCGCAUGGUUUUAGUUUUAAAAAGAAGCUAAAAGACUUAACACAUGGGAGGUAAUGGUCAUUCUCGACCAGUCAGAUUUGCAAGUCCAGCAAUAAAGAGGCGAAUUUCCAAAACGACUGCAUCUAAAAAAGCUGGACUCAAACUCUACGUUGGAAGACAGGAAGCUCUGAUCAUAAAUGACGAAAAACCAGAAAAACGUCAGGACAGCGAUUCACCUCUUUCAUUUCAUAAAGGGAUAUCUGAUUCUUGCGAGCUAGUCAAACCCUCUUUAUCAGCUAUGCUGACAUCUGACCUUUUAUUGCCACCACCUUUUUCGGAGACGCAUCCCUCUUGUUUGGUGAAUGAGUCUCCGAAAGCCCCCGUUGAAAGCCAGAUCAAGGAAAAUGCAUUGAUUAGCGAAAUGGAUUCUUAUCAGCUUUACUGCCACGCAAUGUCGCUGAUGCAUUCUAUUCAGGUAAUCCUGAGCUCAAAUUUAGAGCGCUUGUUCUUGCAACUGACUGAUUUUUCGGCUUCAGUGGACCAAAUCUGUAUAGAGAUUCAGCAACUAUCUUAUGUUACAUACCAAGUUAAAAGAGCGAUUGAUAUGUCUAUGCAUUCUACUUUUUUGAUUGCUUGUAAUCUUCAAGAUAUCGUGUCACAAAAUGCGAUGAUUUCUUUGAAAUGCCAUGAUAGCAACUUAUUUAACUCUUUGCCAACUUGGAGUUGGAAACUAAUAGAGCAACUCGAAAUUCACUUUAAGAAUUUUUUUAUGCAAUCUGUACGCGGGAGGUCGUAUGCACUUCGGCUCCAGCAGCGAAAUUUGCGACGUUAUAUAGAUGACAAUACAGACACAUUUAUUACUGUUUCUUUAGGACAUGUAGAAUCCACAGACUCUCAAUGGUCUAAAGUAAGCUCUUUUAGACAUAAGACAUUGAGUUGUAUUCAUACAAUCCAGAAGGAAUGCGAUCAUAUUGUUGAAGGAUUUAGAGUCCAACAUUUGGUGGAGAAGAAAUCCGGCUCCAAUUCUAAGCGUUCUUCAAUAAUUUUUCCAUAUAUGUGCUUGCGUGGCCCUAUGCGCACAUCCAGUUGCACAGAAUUUAUAUCUGGCCAAUGUCCAAAUUCAUUCGUCAGCUCUGAUUUGGAAGAGUUGAUAAUAUUGCAUCGUGCAGUAAUUAAGGUGAAUGAAUUGAUUCAAGAUCUGUUUCGAGCAUUUUCUGAAACACAAAACAAUUCAGAUUUAAUCUCAGCUCAGAUAUGCCCUAUCAUCCGAUCUAAGCAUCCGUCUUUGAUUUGCAGACGUCUAGAAAAAUGUGAAGAACGUCUUACUAAAUCCAUCUACGAUUUGCAAGCAAUCUGCUCCCAUUUUCAAUCCUGGCCCUUGGAUUCAAUCCGCGAUUCUUUUUCGGAACUGUUUGACCAACUUGACUACAUGAACAUUAUUCAAUGCACUUUGCGAGAUAUUCAUUAUACUUUGAUUAUUUGCAAGUUUCUGUACCAUCCUAGUUUGUUCGACAUCGACAGCGUUUCGGAACACUUCAUAAUGCUUUGCCAGAAGCUAACUGAUAUUAGGCCUUAUAUGAAAAAACUACAUGAAAGGUUUCCUUUUCAACUGCUAAAUAAGCAAAUAGCAGAUUUUUCGCAGGUUCCGCCUCAAAAGCUUCAGGCAUGGGUCAUUCAGUUCAUAAUAGAUUCAUUACUUUACACAAUUGAUUUACUGCCGAAUUUGUUGAAGGACCUAGCUUCGCAUAGCUUGGUUGUUUGGCCGCUUUUAGACCAGCAAACCAAAACAACAGAAAAUCUCAGUAAAUUUGUGUGUAAAGAAAAACAACAUUUGCGAGACAACGACCCUAUUAUUCGGACUCAGGCAAACCGUUUGAUUCGAUUGUUGUGCUCGCUUGAAAAAGGCUUGAGCUUGGGACAGGAAUUCCGAGAAGAUGACUUAGUGAAUUCGUUAGCUGACUUGGAUGAACAAAAUAAGGCCGAGGCAAUAGAAGAUGCGAUAGCAGAUUCAGAAAUGGUCACUUGCAAAGCAGGAGAGAUAAAGUCACCAGAAAAGGAGAUUGUUGUAAGUCAUAAACCCAUCGCCUACACGAAAGAUAAUAGCAAAUUUGUAAAAAGAAUUAAAAACACUAAUGUUCAAUCGGUUAAUCAGAUAACGACAAUUGAAAGCGAAUAUGAAGAAAAUGACCAAUUUAAAUCAAGAAGUAAAGCUCUGAAGAGCAAGACAACGCAAAUCCAGAAGAAAUAGAUUUAGUUGCUCGAAUAAAAUGUUCGAGUGGCUUAUGAGAAAGGAAUUAGCAUUAUCAUUACUGAUCAGUCGAUUGCCUGAUUUAAAUGAGGAAUAGGUGUUUAUUGAAUCGGACUACCAAAAUCGAAAUUAUUUUUAUUGAUUGUAUUAUUUCAGUUGGUCUCUACUGGUGAACUCGGCUUCUUUGGUCACAAAAACACUCUACCUAUAUCCGGCUCUACGUCUGAUAUUUCUACCUAUAAAUCAGUGUUUAUUCGGUUAUCUGUUCCCAUUAAAUCCGGGAAUAAAGUUAUAGAGUCUAAUAAAAUAUAUGACUUCUUUGGUGCGAAGACACUGAUUAAGGACAUUAAUGAGUUAUUUUGGUUAGACAGCACAGGGGGCGGAUAAUGUAAAUAAAAACAGUUGCUCAGUGCCUAUUUCGAAGACGCGUUUCUAUUCUAGUGCAGAAUUUACCAUGAACAGCUUAUUUCAGUAUUCGCGCUUCUGCAAUUGUCAUCCAUGAUGGCUAACGUAGUACGAAGAAUACAGACAUAAAUAUUUUAUAAUUUUUUUUAUUUGUUGACCAUUAAUUCGAAACCCAGUUGUUUUUUAAUAUAAGCUUAUAAUGCUCGUUGCGUUUUUCGAAGAUAUAAUGAAUUGCAAGCUAGAACUAAACUCUCAUCCAUUGUAUUCUUCUGAACUUCCGGUAGACUCUACUUUUUCACUCGAGCCCGUGGACAUUCAUUCACCUAUUCACUCUUCUUUGUCAGCUCUCAUCCCAUCGUCUUCCAGUUAUCAUUCUGGACUCAAAUUCUGCUUAAAGUCAUUGCUUCAUGCAUCUAAAACCCUCCACACGGCAUCAGAUGCGUCUAAAGUAUCUGAGAAUUUGGACAAUGCGUCCUUUCUUAACUGUCAAUACAAGAAAAGCCAGGACCUUGAUUUAUCUAUUCACACUUCUAAAUCUGCACUUGGAAAUCCUAUUGCCCUAACUGAGUCCAAGGAAAUACUAGUGCCUGGUCUAUCUCCACCUAAAUGUAUGGGUGAGAUUGAAUCACCCCCGAAAUGGGUGUAUCCGCCGUAUUCGUCAUCUGCACACACAUGUGUAUAUGAAGAUUCUUUGAUGCAUUCUAGCUGGUGUUCGAACGAAUAUUUAUCUUUGAAUCCGUAUGCGACAUGUGACUAUCACUACAGCUGUAGGUGCGCUUCGAAGCCGCAAUGCAUACAAAACUGUUUAGAGUUUGACAAGGAAGAAUCAAAUUCUUUGAAUGAGCUUUUUGAAAUUCAAGCUUCAGAGAAGCAGCCGGAUGAAGAUCUAGAUUUGUCGAGAAAAUUAAGUGCUGAUAUGAUUGUUGAGCAGGAAAACCUAGAAAUUUUGAAUCAUCAAUCAUAUGAGCAGAUAGACAAUUCUUCAAUUUUUUCACUAUCUUCACCGUUUCCAGAGUACAAUCAACGGCUGAACGACAUAGAGAGAAAAAGCGAGGAGGAAAACCGGCCCAAUAUUCUAAGCAAGAACAGAGAUGAAGACGUAUUCAGUCUAGACAAUUCAGAAGUCAGGCAUGAAAUGGAUUACAACGGUACGAUUGUUGCUGCAUUGGACCGCAAUAACCACGGUGACGUAGGAAUAAAUCACCCAUUUAACCAGCAUACCGGCAAUAAAAAAUUAGAGCAUAGUCAAGUAUAUUCCAACCAUCGUAUGACACUUGACAAUAUCCAAGACUAUCAAUUGAAUAGAGGCCGAACUGUUGAUCAUUUUGAAAGAGUUCCUAAUCCAGACAAACAUAAAUCAAUUCCAUGUGAUUCUUUUAUAAACCAAGAAAAUAACUUAGUUGAAAAAAAUACUUCUCAGCUCAGCCUAUCGAAUAUUACAGAUAAAGUGGCACGUCGGCUAAACUGUGAAAAGAUGAAUAAUGCUUUUGAACCAGCCUCUAGGCCGCCAAAAUCAUGUCCAUCAUCUGAUUUGGAUCUUGAAAUCACCAAAGCCAAGCUCCGAAGCUUAAUGCCAGUAGAUAUUCCAGCUGAUUUGCUGAUAAGCAUAAGUUCAGAGGAAUACAUCGCCUACGUAAAUUAUCUAAAAAGGUCUGACCGAUCAUGGAACAGCGCUCAAGAACAAGCCUUUAAAGCUCAAAAACGUCGAAUUAAGAAUCGUGAAAGUGCGCAGAACUCUCGUUUACGUCGUAACGAAAAUGUGGUCGAAUUAAAAUCCAAAAUCCGAGACCUGGUGAUUCAAAGAGAUGAAUUUAAGCAGAAGAUUUCAGAUUUGAAUGCACUGCUAGAAAAAAAGGACAGGGAAAUUGAACAGUUGAAAAAUGUCACGAAAAAGAGAAAAAUUAGCGAAACAAAGGAAAAGAUAACUUAUAGGAAAAAUUACAUUGGUAAUUGCCACACAUGUCCUGACACCUCCAAUAACGCUGUUAUACAUCAAUAUUGUACAAAGCAAGAGCAUGUAUCUACUUCUAGCAAUAGAAUGGUUAACACCAAACACAAUGACACUCCAAAAAGGAAAUAUUCUUCUUGUCUCGACUUUCAACUCAGACCCAGUAAAUUCUUAGAGUUGUCUAUGUUUUUUUGUUUGGUCCUGUUGACCUCACGCAUUUCUACAAUUCGUCGUCUAUGAAUGUCAUUGAUACUACUCCCAUCAGCCCAUUGCCUUUUGCUUUCUCUUCUUCGAGCGAUGCUACGCCCUUUACAUAUUUGUUCAAAUCCUAUGCGUUGUACGCCACAACUACAAAUAUAUCGACCAAAAAAUACCAUGGCCUCUAUAGAUGUCAUAGAUUUCUCAUUUAUUCGCCCGCAUAUAUACUCGCAUCUAUUGUUGAUCAUACAUGCUGAAUACAUGAUUCCUACAACACCUAUCAGGCAAGUGCAUAAUGGUUUGGCCGCCUUUAGCCCUAGAUUCUAAAGAAUCUGCGCAAACCGUCUCUCUAUUGGUUCUAAGCAAUUCCUGUCUGCGCAAAUUAUUGUUUGUUUUUCCUCUUCCUUCAUUGUUAGCAAUUUUGACCAAUACUAUCUCAAUACCAUUGUACAUACAUAUAUUAUAUAUAGCUUUACUG